CUUACGGAUUACUCACAAAUUGAUAGCAUCUUAGGUUGUGUUUGGAUGGGGUGAUUUUUGGGGGGAAUGUAAUUCUAGAGGGUAUUUUAAAUCCCUUAAAAUGAAAUACCUUGUUUGGAUAUUUAUUUGUGGAAUUCUGAAAAUACUGGUAAUUAAAAGAGGUAAUUUAAUUAAGGGAUUAUGGGGUAAUCAGAAUACCCUCAAAAUAGGAAGUAAUUGGAAAAUCCACCCGAUCUCAUCCAUUGCGAUCUCGCUCUCGCUCUCGCUCUCAUUCCCGAUCUCACUCUCGCUCUCGCUCGCGAUCUCGUUCUCUGCAAUCUCGUUCUCUGCAAAUCCCGAUCUCACCCUCUCUGCAAUCUCGCUCUCCCGAUCUCACUCUCUCUGCAAUCUCGCUCUCUCGUUCUUGCUCUCCCGAUUCAUGGAGUUUCUUCCCCCUUGAUUCAGCUAAGGUUGUGGUUGAACUUGCGAAAUCCAGACUAAUCCAAGCUGCUGUGCAAUUACACCCAUCAUUUGUCUCUCUGGAUGACAUCAAUGGUGUGGCUCCUCUAGCUGCUGGUGUUAGUGUGGAGAGGCAGGUGCGUGUUAGCCUCUUUCUGUGUCUAAGUGUUCUGCCAUUUUGGCUUCCUUUUUUUGCAGCAGUGGGUGGCUCCUUUCUCUGUGUCAGUUCUGUUUUAAAGAAACAUUACUCUUAAUUUGCAUUCUCCAAGAUUGCAUAUAUUAUCAAUUGCCCAAUAGCAGUUUAAUGUUGAUAGUUUGAAUGAGUGUGCUGUAAGACAUUUUAUUUUUGUGAACAUGAUGCAGGUGUAGAUUUCAAAGUUAAAUACAUUACAAUUGGUGGGAAAAAGUUAAAACUUGCUAUUUGGGACACAGCUGGACCAGAGACUUGGACAGUGAGGAGCUAUUGGAACAGUUGCUAUAUUGACUUGUUGGUUGCCGGGAGAGAUGAGGGGAAAAAGGAAAAUGACGGAAGCUAGUAAUGAGGAUAAGAAAGAUGAUAGCAGAGCUUACUUUACUUGGAACUUGGAGAUGGACCGUGCACUUGCUGAUAUACUUAGAGAUCAAAGAAGCAUGGGAAACAAGAGUGAUGGUGCAUGGAAAGGAGUGGCAUAUAACACUGCGGCUCAAAUGUUGUCUUCACGCUUCAAUUUGCAACUUAUUGGAGAGAAUGUUAAAAACCGCAUCAAGCUGUGGAGAUCAUGGUAUGGCAUUGUUAGUGACAUCCUUAGUCAAAGUGGUUUUGAUUGGGAUGGAACCAAAUAUAUGAUUUCUGUUACAAAUGAAGAUGCAUGGAAUGAGUAUGUUAAGUCACAUAAUGACGCUAAGAGGUUCCGAUUUAAGGUGAUUGCUAAUUGGGAUGACAUUGUAGACUUGUGUGCUAAAGAUAGAGCAACAGGAAUUGGAGCAGAGACAUCCUUGGAUGCAGAUGACAUCAUGAGCAAAGAAGCAAAUGAGGAUGGAGCUUAUAUUGUGGAUAUUGAUGCUGAUGAACAAAGCUCUACAACAAGGAAAAGCAAACAACCAAUGGAAUUCAAAAAGGGAAAAAGUGGAGAAAAGAAUGGGAUAAUUACUUCAAUGAAUAAAGUGGCUGAGUCAUUGAGUGAAUUUGUACAAGCAACUAGAAAAGGGGUGAAAAAUGUCCAAGAAGUGGUUCAUGAUGUGAUGGAUGAGCUAAAGAACAUUCCGGACCUUAAUGGCACUCAAUGGCUCAAAGCAGUGGAUUGGCUUUCAGAAAAUCCAAAUAAGUUGGAGAUUUUGAAAGUUCUUCCCAUUGAGAGAAAGAAAGAUUACAUCUUAGCUUUUAUGCACUGAUUCGUGAUUUGCUAUAGUUUAUGGACCCAUUUGUAGUGUUUCCAACUUUCCACUAUGCCACUGUUGAGACUUUUUUUUAUUUAAUUUUCAUUUGGAUUGAUGUUAGCACUUGUUACUGUUGAGACUUUCUUUUAUUUAAU